UCAAACUGCCAACCAGCAACUGUCAAAGGUGGAAAAUCGAAAACGGGACGCCUUUUUCGCGGACGGAAAGUGAAGAAAAUAAAACACACACGCACGAACGAAAACUGUGCAGUGCAAUCGUCCGCGGACCGCAUUUCCGGUGUGUGUUGUGGGCUGUGGAAGGCUCCCGGUCGAAGGGUCACCCUACUCUAGCCAGCAAGAUGUCGGUGCCGCCGAUAGCCGCUGGCCAACCGUACGCACCGCCGCUGGUGUCGCAUUUCAACAUCCCUCCGCCGGGUUUUGGUGCGCCCGGUGGGGGCGCAGGCAUCGGUGGCCCGGUAGCACUGGCCGCCGCAGCCGCCGCCAACGGGACAAUGGUUGAUCCUACGGCCACCGUGCCACCGGUCAUACCGGCGGGCGCAGCAGGAGCAGCAGCAGCAGCAGUAGCGGCAGCGGCCGUCCCCGUGACCACGGCAAUCGUGAACGAAUGGUCGGAACACAAGACGCCCGAGGGCCGAACGUACUACUACAACAGUAUCACCAAGCAGAGCCUGUGGGAAAAGCCGGACGAGAUGAAGACGCCGGCCGAAAAGCAGCUCAGCCAGUGCCCCUGGAAGGAGUACCGGUCGGAUUCGGGUAAGCUGUACUAUCACAACACCGCCACGAAGGAGUCACAGUGGGUGGCACCGCCCGAGUAUCUCGAGCUGAAGGAGAAGGUGGCGGCUGAACAGGCGGCUGCCGAGGCGGCCAAAGCAGCCGCGCUGAAAACCUCCGCCAUGGCCAGCAGUAUGCUGAUGCAGUCGGUCGUGCUGCCGGUGGUUUCGCCCGCCCUGGCAGGGACGCCGGCGACGGCAGGAGUGGCGCCGAAUGCGGUUGUGGCGGCCACAGCCGCUGACGUACCGCUCGGUCUAGGUGGGAUGGCCGGCGUAACACCCGGAUCGGCCGAAAACUCUUCCUCCGCGCUGGACCAAGCGAUGGCGGCAACGCUGGCCGCUAUCGAGGUGCCGGACGAUCCGGUCGACAAGCGGCAGGACGAGGAAUCCCAGCCGGGCCAAACGGACGAGGAGCCGGCCAUGGAGUUUAAGGACAAAAAGGAAGCGAUCGAAGCGUUCAAGGAGUUCCUGAAGGAGCGCAACAUCCCCUCGAGCUCGUCCUGGGAGCAGUGCGUAAAGAUCAUCCAGAAGGAUCCGAAGUUUAACGUGUUCAAGAAGCUGAGCGAAAAGAAGCAAGCGUUCAACGCGUACAAAACGCAGAAGCUAAAGGACGAGCGCGAGGAGCAGCGGCUGAAGGCGAAGCGGUCGAAGGAGGAGCUGGAAAAGUUCCUCAUGUCGUCGGACAAGAUGAACUCGGCGCUCAAGUUUUACCGGUGCGACGAGCUGUUCGCCAACCUGGACGUGUGGAAGUCGGUGCCGGAGCAGGACCGGCGCGACAUCUACGAGGACUGCAUCUUCAACCUGGCCAAGCGGGAAAAGGAGGAGGCGCGGGUGAUGAAGAAGCGCAACAUGCGCGUGCUGGGCGAGCUGCUCGAGGCGAUGACGACCGUCACGUACCAGACGACCUGGUCCGAGGCGCAGGUAAUGCUGCUGGACAACGCGUCGUUCAAGAACGACGUCAACCUGCUCGGCAUGGACAAGGAGGACGCACUGAUCGUGUUCGAGGAGCACAUCCGCGGGCUGGAGCGCGAGGAGGACGAGGAGAAGGAGCGCGAGAAGAAGCGGCUCAAGCGGCAGCAGCGCAAAAACCGCGACCAAUUCCUCGCCCUGCUCGACACGCUGCACGAGGAGGGCAAGCUGACGUCGAUGUCGCUGUGGGUGGAGCUGUACCCGCUCAUAUCGGCCGACCUGCGCUUCUCCGCUAUGCUCGGGCAGCCCGGCUCGACGCCGCUGGAUCUGUUCAAGUUCUACGUGGAAAACCUGAAGGCCCGGUUCCACGACGAGAAGAAAAUCAUCAAGGAAAUACUGAAGGAGAAAGAGUUCAUCGUGGUGCGGACGACCACGUUCGAGGACUUUGCGACGGUCGUGUGCGAGGACAAGCGGUCGGCAACGCUGGACGCGGGCAACGUCAAGCUGACGUACAACUCGCUGCUGGAGAAGGCGGUCGCGGCCGAGAAGGAGCGGCUGAAGGAGGAAACGCGCCGCAUCCGCAAGCUCGAGAACGAGCUGAAGGGUGUGUGGAUCGAGGCGGGCCUGUCCGGUGUCGACAGCUGGGAGACGGCCCAGAAGCUCGUCAUGGACCGGGAGGUGUACGACCUGUACGAGAAGGAGGAUAAGGUCGAGCGGCUGUGGGAAGACUUUGUGAAGGAGACGGAAGAUUCCUGCAGCCACCAUCAUUCGCGUUCGAAAAAGUCGAAAAAGAGUCGAAAGCACAAGAAAAAAUCGCGCUCCUCGUCCAAAUCGCUCUCGGAAGCAUCGGAAGUGGAGUAUGAAAAGCCUUCGUCGAAGAAAAAGCGUCGAUCCCGGUCGCGAACUCCCCUGACGGCGAGCGAUCUGUCGGAAAGCGAGCAUGAGCUGCACGAGGAACCGCUGCACCAUCACAACGACCAUCACGGUGGUGGUGGUGACCGAUUGGACCGGAAGCGGAAAAAGAAGAAAAAGCACCACCGCAAACAGUCCCGCUCACCGUCGUACGAAGAGAUGCUGGUGAUGGAGAAGAAUGGUGGCGGUGGUGGUGGCGGUGCAGCUGCUGCUGCUGCAUCCCGUUCCCGGACACCCUCCCCGGAGGUAGAGAAGAAAAAGAAAAAGAAGGACAAAAAGAAAAAAGACAAACGUCGAACGUCUCGAUCGGUCAGCCGGGCUAGUAGCGGCGCGCGGAUUCGCAGCCCCCUGGACGAGGGCCGCCGUAGCAGGGGCGGCAGCAGAUCUUCCAAAAUGGCCGACGAUGCGGCACUGAGCGAAUCGGAGCUGGAAUCGCAGCGGGCCGCACUGUUGGCGCAGCUGAACGAACAGAUGGACGAGUAGCGCGACAUGCCACGAAGAGGAGAAGAGGAGGAGUAGGCGACCCCCGGCGACAACCAUAAACGGAGACGGAGAGCACGCAGAGUACGUAAGAACGUGGGUGUAUAUUUUACGCGAAAAAGUCUAUAAAAUCAGUCCGCUACACAAUCGUGAGCCGCCGCAAA